CCUGCUUUACGGCUGUUGGUCCGCAGUUGACGUGUUGUUGUAGUCCACCUGACUGACUGGGAUGAGUCUGUAGUCUCUGGAUCACCGCGGAGGACAGACAGAAGGUUUGGACAGCUGUAUGGGACAAAACAGUUCACAGGGAAACAGAAUGGCCGUCCGUGUCAUCGUGGUGGGAGCUGGCUGUCGAGGGGAGAUCUACUCCAGCUACGCAUCCGUCCACCCUGAUCGUGUUAAGGUUGUCGGAGUAGCCGAUCCAAGGAAAUUUGCUCGCACUAAACUCCAACAGCAACACAAAAUUGGAGACGAAAACGUAUUUGAAGACUGGCAGAGUUUAGCUGAAAAAGAGAAGUUUGCAGAUGCAGCGUUGAUUUGUACUCCAGACCGCCUUCAUAAGGAACCUGCUGUGGCUUUUGCAAAGAAGGGCUACCAUGUUCUGCUGGAGAAACCGAUGGCGACAACUGCUGAAGACUGCACGGCGAUCGUGGAGGCUUGCACUCAGAGUGGCGUGAUGCUUUCGGUGGGUCAUGUUCUCCGGUAUCAUCCCCUCAUCCACAAAAUAAAGGAGCUGCUGGAUGCCGGAGUCAUCGGUGAUGUGAUGCACAUUCAGCACCUUGAGCCGGUCGGGUUCUAUCACUUUGCUCACUCGUUUGUUCGGGGGAACUGGAGGAAUGAAUCAGAGAGCUCUUUUGCUCUUUUGGCUAAAUCGUGCCACGACAUCGACUUAAUACAUCACUGGGCCGGAGCACGCAGGUGUGUGAAAGUGUCAUCAUUUGGAUCCGUCAGCCACUUCGGAAAAGAAAGCAAGCCAACAGGUGCUGGAAGCCGCUGCCUGGAUUGUUCAAUAGAAGGAGACUGUCCUUACUCAGCAUGCAAAAUCUACCUGGACAGAGUGAAACGGGGUCACACUGGUUGGCCUGUAUCCGUCAUAUGUCCGAACUCGUUCCCCGACAUCGAGUCAGUGACCGAGGCCCUGAGGACCGGACCGUACGGCCGCUGUGUCUACGAGUGUGACAACGACGUCUGCAGUAACCAGGUUGUGAACAUGGAGUUUGAAGGGGGUCUGACGGCAGCCUUCACCAUGGUGGCGUUCUCCGAGGAGAUAUGCAACCGAAAGACAACCAUCUUUGGCAGCAAGGGGGAGCUGUCAUGUGACGGCCAUGAGAUACGUGUGUUUGACUUUCUGACCCAAAGAACCACAAAGCACAAGCCACACGAUGACACCCCCAGGCACUUUGGCAUGAUUGGACACGGUGGAGCAGACUACCACCUUAUGGAUGCCUUCGUUUCUGCUGUGGCAAACAAUGAUCCAUCCCUGAUCCGCUCGGGUCCCAAGGAGACGCUGCUGAGCCAUUUGCUUGUGUUUGAAGCGGAGCGCUCGCGGCUGGAGAGCAGGGUGGUGUACUGUGGUGACAUUGGGAGGAGCUAGACGACUGAAAAACACAUGAAAAUUAUUUCACCUUAAAAAUCAAACACUAUAAUGAAGCUCUCUCUCUCUCUCUCUCUCUCGCCUUUACUCAUCAGCUGACUCUGGCUGUUCACUCUUUGAAGUUAAACCAAUCAGCUAAACUGACGGCCAAAUUAUGAAUUGUAAUGAUUUAGUUGAUAUUGCUCAGGGAUUUUAAUACUGUGUGUUUGUGUGUGAGAGUGAACCUGUUUUUAUACUCCCGCAACAACUUAGUCUGUCCUUGUUUCCAGAGCAGACCUCGGAAACUAUUUAACUUAGGAGCUUCAAAUGUGGUAUGAUGGUUGACAGUGUGGUGUAGUUGUGCCUGUUGGGGGUUAGGUUGGGGGCCUAAAUGUUUCAUAAUAACAAGCUAGAUUGUGCUCAAUAGACUAAUUCCAUUAGAAGUACUACGCCAAGAACGUUGUUGUUCAUUGUGUCACAUUGUUAUCAUUUGUUGAUUAAGAAGUGUUCAUGUAAAGUAUUUUUUUUUUAAUUUCUAGUAAAAUCUGUGUGAUUUAAAUUGUC